AUGGCUUCUGGGUGCAGCUUGUCAACUCUGUUUCCUCUUCAAAGUGUCCUCGACGUCUCUUUAGAUGAAGCCGCGACACGAGAAUCGAUGGAAGCUCUCGUUUUCGAGUAUUUGAAGGAUAUGGACGAGCGGGAAGAACUCAAGUUGCCCGAUUUUGAGACAGGUCUGGAAUGGCUGAACACUGAAGGUCCUCUAUCUUUUAGCAAGGAGCUGUGUGGAAAAGUGGUUGUGCUGGACUUCUUUACUUACUGCUGCAUCAACUGCAUGCACAUCCUACCGGACCUUCACCAUCUUGAGCAGAAGCACUCGGUACAAGAUGGACUGGUUAUUGUUGGUGUACACUCAGCCAAAUUCCCCAAUGAAAAGGUUUCGGAUAACGUUCGCAGCGCGGUGCUCCGCUACGACAUCCGCCACCCUGUGGUGAACGACGGCGAGGCGCUGCUCUGGAACCGGCUAGAGGUCUCCUGCUGGCCCACGCUGGUACUGGUGGGACCGCGUGGCAACCUGCUCUUCUCGUUGGUGGGCGAGGGACACCGUGACCGCUUGACGCUUUUGGCCGACGUCAGCCUCCGUCACUACCGGGAGAAGGGGCUGCUACGCGAGCACCCGGUGGGCGUCAAGCUUUACCAGGAUUCGCAGCCUUCCGCCGUCCUGUCUUUUCCGGGGAAGGUCUGCGCGGACGGCGACCGCUUGGUUAUCGCCGACACAGGACAUCACCGGAUUCUCGUGGUGUCCGCUACGUCUGGUCAGCUGUUGCACGUCAUUGGAGGUCCUGAUAGCGGAAGACGAAAUGGCGUCUUCUCUGAAGCUUCCUUCAACUCCCCGCAAGGCGUGGCUGCGAAGGGCGACACCUUGUAUGUGGCCGACACUGAAAACCACCUGAUCCGAAAGAUCGACCUGGCAUCGAGGCAGGUGAGCACGCUCGCCGGUGUCGGCGUCCAGGGCACGGACAAAGAAGGUGGCGCCGAAGGAACCCAGCAGCCCAUUAGCUCACCCUGGGACGUGGCGCUCGGGUCCGCUGGUGGCGUGGACGACAACGUGCUUUGGGUGGCUAUGGCGGGAAGCCAUCAAAUUUGGGCUUUGUUCCUAGCAGAUGGCAAACUCCCCAAAGGAAGCGAAUCCAAGGCAGGCACGUGCGUGCGAUGGGCCGGCAGCGGCAAUGAGGAGAACCGCAACAACUCCUACCCGCACAAGGCGGGCUUCGCCCAGCCCUCGGGCUUGGCCGUUGCCCCCGAGGAGCCUUGGGGCUGCCUUUUCGUGGCCGACAGCGAAAGCAGCACCGUGCGCACCUUGUCGCUCCGGGACGGCGCCGUCAAGUCGCUAGUGGGCGGCGAGAGAGACCCCACGAAUCUCUUUGCUUUCGGGGACGUGGACGGCAAAGGCGUGGACGCCAAACUGCAGCAUCCGUUGGGCGUGGCCUGGUCCCCCAAGUCCAGUUUGCUCUACGUGGCCGACUCCUACAACCACAAGAUUAAAGUGGUGGACCCCAAGACCAAACAGUGCCGCACUCUAGCCGGCACGGGGAAAGCGGGCGACGCGGCGGGUCCGGCUUUCCUGGCGUCCCGCUUCAACGAACCCGGGGGAAUUUGCGUGGGUGCCGGCGGCGACCUUCUCUACUUGGCUGACACCAACAACCACCAGAUCAAAGUUCUGGACCUCCGAUCAGAAACUGUUUCGCGGUUUCUCAUUUCCUCGGACUGCACCGACGCGCCGGCCGUUAAAGCCGCCGGUCGCCCCAAAGCCCCCAAGAUGCCGGCAGGCGCCGUCAGGAUAGACAUGCCGCCAGUGGCGGUUUGCGCCGGGCAGACCGUUGUCAUGUCGGUGGCGUUGUCGCUUCCCGAAGGAGCCAAACUCACUGACGAGGCACCCAGCUGCUGGACUGUCUCCGCCGAAGAUGACGAGUGGCUUCCGGACUCUCAGCCGUCCAUGGGCGCCAUCGUGGACAUGUCCGAACCGCUGCGCGUCACCGCUAAAGUCCCGGAAACGUGGAAGAAGGAGCGCGUGGCGGGCCUGACGUUGAGCGUCUGGCUCUACUUUUGCACGGCGAAGACGGCGGCAUGCACCAUGAGAGCCGUGGCUUUUUACCAGCCAUUCCGGCUAAGCGACGGCACCGCCGCCAAGGAGGUCGUCGUCACGUGGACGCAUUCUCUUUAG